AUCUCGUUUUCAGUAGGAGGUUGAAUGACGAUAGCUGGGACAACAGGACAAGUGGACAACAUAACAUCGAGUGGUCAUGAAAACUGAAGAAUGGAGUAAAUCCUGAAAGUGCUACCGGUCUCCAAACUGACAUAAUUCAUCAAAGAUCUGAUUAAAUAAGUUGACUUCUUUCGUUGGGAUGUGAUAUGAGGAGAUGCAGCAGUGAAGUGCUGUCAGAUCAGAACAAAGUUGAGAUUGAUUAUUUCUAUUGAAAACAAUAUUGAUAAAGCUGUCAAGAAAAUGGCUCAAAAAGUUUAUCUUGUGGAGCCAAAACCACUGACAAUAUCAAGGUUUGCAAAUAACAUCAUAACAUAUGAGCAAAAGAACACCAGAACAGCUCCCGGCAAAAAUGACAUUGACACUGGCCAUACAAAUCAACUUGUACGGUCAGCUGGUGAUGGAAUGGAGUUUGAGGAUAGUAAUGAUGUAUCAUCUUUGAGGAAUACAGCAAAACGUUGGCCAGAAGCUAGGCCAUUGGUUCCACUAGCAACUUCUACUCCAGCAGUUAACAAGGGCAAAAAAGUGAAACAUCCUGUUGCAUCUAGAAAUGCAAAAGAGCUGGUAGGGAAAAUGAAGAAGUCGGAAAGCAUUUCUUUAGUAGAUCAAAGAAACAGUAAUAAUGCAGAUAAAGCAGACCUUGCUAAGGAGAUUGAAACAAUGAAGCUAAAGAUAAAAGGCAUGGAGGAAGCAAAAGAGAAGUUUAUUGAAGAGAAAAUGAAGAUUUCCACUCAGCUUGGAAUUCAAACACAGGUAAACUCUGAACUCAAGACACUGUUGGUUGCUUCUGUUGGAGAGGAUCUAGAAGAAAAGUUGGAGGCAAUGUCAAUGAAAAAUGCUCUGACUCAGCGACAAGUUAAACAUUUGCAAAGUCAGCUUGAUGAAAAACACGACGAACUAGAAAGUGCAGUUAUUCAAUCUGAUGUGUGGAGGAGCAAGUUUCUUGCGAGCAAGGUAAUGGCCGAUGAGCUAGCAAGCUGGAAAGCACUUACAGAUUCAAAGUACAGAGAAUCAAAUGCUGCACUCGAAACACUCCUUGAAGAACACAGGCAGCUCACAACUACCAUUGCUUCUUCUAACAGAUUUCUUCUGAAGUUGUCAACACUCACUAAUUGCUAUAGCGAGAAAGACGAUCUUCCUGGACUGCCAUCUUUGGAUCUAGCAAUCAUAAAUCAUCGGUUAGCGAAGCGAAUCACAGAGAGAGCAAUAAACUAUGGGACCAAUACAGCCGAAAGGGCGCCGAUUCAUGAGAUUUCUUCAAAUCAAAUACAUGGCAAGGACAAGGACAAGGUUUUCGUCCAAGAAAAGCUGUAUUUAUCUCUGGGCGAGAAAAGAGCCUUAAGGGCAAUCGAGGAUGCAAACAGCGAAAGCAGUCAUAUAGAAAAAAGGAAAAAGGAUUUUCUGGCACACAAUCGAAUCAGUCAGAUUCUAGCGACGAAAUACCCAAUGACAUGUUUAGUUUGCAGAGGAUGUAAAGGACCCUUAAAAACGGUAUGAUCAGAAAAUUAUAGUUUGUUUUUGUAGAUUGAUAUACAUUUUAUUUUAUUUACUUUCUUGCCUGGUGAGAACAGCUCGCGAUAAUUAUCAGCUUGAUCAACCAUUAGAAAUAGCAAUGAUUCAAUUGAUUCGUAAAUGUUAUUUCAAAAAUUCAAUUUUUGACCAGACUGAAGUGCUAAAGUCCUUUGAAAGCACUUCCAUUAAACUCAAUGAUGUUAAUAGUCGCUUAUCAAAACACGCCGGCUGAAAUUCUUCCGUCGGGCCUAUCCACGACUUAAUGUAUUCUGACUGAACUUAGGUUUGUUUUAUUUGAAAGCAACUAUUAGUGUGUUGAAUAUUUGUUUUCAAGCCGCUUCCCUCUUUAUUUUGCUUUGCUUUAUUCCGAUUGGGUUGUAGCAAUAAAAACGUCACUAAUUGAGAAACGAAAUUAGUAUUUUUAGUGUUGGAAAGAGAUAAAUGUGACGUAUGUGUUGAGGAGAUAAAAUAGCAAGAAGUGAA